GGAUUGACGAGGCUUGCGGCGGCCGCCCCGCCCUCCUCACCCGCGCCGACCUGCACCUGGCCCUAGCCAGCUCCGCAGCACUAGCAGCAGCGGGGCUGGGGCCGCACUCACCCGACCCGCCGGGCGGGAAGCUGGACCGCCACCCCGGCAGCGACCGACCCACGGGUCUGCUGCGCGAGACCGCCAUGCGCCCGGUGCUGGCCGCCGUGCCGCCGCCGAGCGCCGCCGCACUGACCGCCGCACUGGCCGCCGCCGCUCGUACCGCACUGACCCGCGGGGUCACCACAGUUGGCGACAUGGGUCGCUACCUGGGUGGGGACGACCCGGCGGCGCCCUGGGGGGACCUGCAGGGGGUGCUGCUGCCGGCGGCGGAUGCGGGGCGGCUGCCGCUGAGGGUGGUGUCGUACAUGCCGCUGCGGUCGUGGCGGCGGCUGGCGAGCUGGCGGGCGGCGCAGGGGGGGGCGGCGGCGCACCCCAGUGGGCGGCUGUUCUGGGGGGGACUCAAGGACUUUGCGG